CCCUCAGUCUAUCAUGGCGUCCCGCUCUCAGCGGCCACUCGCACCCUUUCCAUCGUCGCAUGAAGUCUCUGUCUCAGAGACUCUUAGUCGACUAGGCAUGACCAGAGAGCAAUUCGCCGCCAAACAAGCAGAAUUAUCUUCAGGCCUCCUCUGCAACCAGCCUUUCGUCCCGAGACCCUCCGCGGCGGCGCAACAACCUUCCAACGGGCGACAUCAACUUGACAGCUUCGAUGGAGGUCGCUCUCGCUCUACCUCUGUCUCGAGCUCGUCGUCGCGCAAUCCCUCGCCCGCCCCACCACGUACCCCAGCGAGGCACGACCGCCCAGAAGGAGGCCCCUCGCGUCCACGAGACCAGAUGGAGAUGAUUUUGGAAGAGCAGUAUCGUAAGAAGGUUUCUCGUAGAAGAGACUCCACAUCGCGUUCACGCGAUGGCGAGCGUGUUUUCUCCACUCCUUCCCAUGCUGUUGACCGGCCAUCUUCUUCUAAUUGGCCGCCGGUCACACCUCACCACUAUAGAUAUUAUAGCGAACGCGUCGUCGGAGAAGCUUCCGCGUCGAAACACGCUAGCGACAGCAGUGAUGUUCCCGAGACCCCUUCUCGGAAUCGUGAACGAGGCCGGUUCAAAGUCCCCCCACCCCGUUACAAUAUACCAAAGACCCCAUCCCGACACGACGUUGGCUCAUCCCUUCCCACCACGCCGAAGUCAAGUCCACCGCCAGUCGUCAACCUCGUGUCGUCGCCUGGGCCUAUGAGGCCCGACCCUCCCGAAGAGGAACACCUACCGUUCAUCCUUCCCCCGGGCCCGUAUUCCACUGCCAAGCCGGAGCUGUCAUAUGCGGCCAUCAUUGGAAGGGCCAUUCUGUCCUCACCAGGGCACGCUCUGGCCCUUCAGGACAUCUACGAGUACAUCACGACCGUCUUUCCGUACUACAGGCGCGGAGAGCCUACGUGGAUGAACUCCGUACGACAUGCUUUGUCUACGAUGGCCGUCUUCAGGAAGGAGCGGGGACGUGCUGAAGGCAAGAGCUUGUGGGCCGUUUACGACUGUGAUCUGCCCUGCUUCGAGGGUGGAGGUUUCAAGAAGGCGCUAUGCGCAGACAUGCAGAACGGUGUACCACCCCGGCGGAAGCGGGCGACAGAGGACGGAGUGGAAGGUCCACGAUCGAAGCGACGCAAAGGCAACGAACAGCGAUCUCCAGCAGUGCCAUCCCCGGUCAAGCCUCCGUUCUUCCCCCACGUCAUGCCGAAUCCAAACCACCAGUCAUACUAUGAGGCUGCAUGGCUCCAGCAGCAGCAGGUCCCUGCGGAUGUACUCUUCCCCCCGUUACCAGCUUCGUCGAACUUUCACCGUGUCGUGGCGCGAGCUGCAUCUAUUCCCGUGCUGGAUGUGCCCCUCAUGGUGCCCUCUGAUGCGUCGACCGACGGCGCAAGCACGGAGACCGAGGGCGAUGACGACCUCACAUCUUCAUCUUCACCUAUCGAACGUCCGCCUUCGUCGUCGUCCUUACCUGACUUGGUUUCGAGUCUAAGCACCUCAUCAAGUCCAACGUCUUCUUCGCACCUCAGCUUGCCCGGGGACAGCUCUCGAGAUCCGUCACCUGCGAUCGCUUAUGUGCCGCCUCCUGUGGUAGGGAUUACGGAUGAUAUCGAAGGAGAUCCUAUGGCUGCCUGGUUGCGGUCCGAUUCGCCUCCGCCCGCGAUCACGUAUCUCUCUCAGAAGGUCAAAGGCAAAGCGAAAGCAAAGUCGCCACGCUCGUCAGGCAAGAAGCAACCACGGAAGAUGGCUGCGAUGCAUCCGCCAACCUCGCCCACGCCCGAGCGUCGAGGAAUGGCUGCAGCUUCCCGACGAGUGUCAAGCUCCACGAAACCCAGGAGCCCUCCGAAAGUGGGCUCCUCGCCAUUCGCCCCCAAACCUGUCACCGCACAGUCUGUGUUGCAUCAGCUGAAUGAAUCGCUUGUCGCAUCGGCCAUCGCCGCUGAACAGGACAAUGAGGCGGAAGGGGUGGAACGUCCAUCCACUCCGGAUCGUAUAGUCACCCCGCCCCCACCGUCCACCCCUCUUCGCGUGGAGGACUUGGAGGCGGAACUAAUCGACUUUUCGCCGUUCAAGUCGCUUACGGCCGACAUCGACCACCUGUUUGGGACGUCUCUUCCCUUCCAUUCUCUUCAGAGCCCCGUGUUCAGCGCCCGGGCCCCUCUUUUGGGUAUGGGCAGUGUGGACGAUUUCGUUGCCGGGACCGGAGAUCUCGCAGCCGCUGCCGCCGCAAUACGGUCUCCCGCGGCUCCCGCACCGCGGACCCCGAAGAGGUCGCCUUUCCUCAGCAGUACCAGUGCGGGCUUGUCCGUCCGGAUCGCUUCGCCGUUCGGGACGCCGUCUCGAAGCUCGAUGCGGGAUCCCCUCCACCAGUUUGACGACGAUUUGGCGCAAUAUUUCUCGAGCGCGAAUGACCUUUUUGCGGCUUACACGACACUUGCGAACUCGCCAACCCCGAGUCACCGUGAUUGCUGAGCUCCAGCCCUCUUGCAUAACAGUCAACAAUACGUCACUGGAACCUCCGCACUGCUAUUCUACUCAGGCUCACCACGAUAUCUCCAUCCCGAAGUGGUUGCGCUUCAUUCCACCUAUCCUUAUUGGUUACGCCCGUUCCGAUCGGUUGUCUGUGAACGUUCACAUUGUAUCGUUCGUCGUUGCAUAGACGGGACUCGUACCAAGUCUGACGUACCCUCCAAUACAUUACUCAUCUCGAUAGCUGUAUGUACAUACGAUUAUUUUCUCAUUCACCUUUGUUUAUAUUUCCUCUAUGUCUCCUUCUAUCCCUCUCAUCUCUCCUGCAAUGGUUUUGUUCAGCCCUGGCCUGAUGCCUUCAUUGCGUCGCCUUGUCUCCGGUCCCCAGUCCCAUGCACACAUCCCCAAUCCUCAUUCCUCCUCCGUCCUUGCGAUACCGCGGAUUUUGACUGUGAUUGCUUGUCGAUACUUGUGUUGUUCGCUUCGCUUUGUAGUAAUCGCGCAUGCUUUGUCGUCGAACUGUCGACAUCCAAUAUACGAACCACACCGUGUACUAUUGCACCACUGCAUCCGCUCCCCUCUUC